AUGAAAAGGAAAAGUGAAUCCAUUGAAGUUUCUGAUAAGCCAGGCCACAAGGAGGAAGAAAAGAAUACCGAUAACUCCAAAGAAAGGUUUGAAAGGGAACUUGCAGUAUUGUUCAUUGAAAAUUCCAUUAAGUUUGAUACCCUGAAUAAUUUCCAUUUAAAGCGAUUGGUCUCACGAUUAGCAGGAAUCCAUAUUAAUGAAAUUCCUUCAGCCCCUAAGUUGUUAUUUCAUGUCAAUGAUAUGUAUAAUAACUUCCAAGGUUACUUCAAAGGAUUUUUUGCCCAAAAUAGAGACAGGUUGUAUUCUCUUACUUUGAAUAAGUGGAAUAAUGAUUAUGGAUUCUUUAAUAUCCAAUUCAUGAAUGAUGAGUUUAAGUAUUUUGAGUUUCCUUUAGGGUUGUUCCGAUUCCAGGAUGGAAGAGUCGAUAAUGGGAUUAUAAGAAACACCAUUUUACAAGAUUUGACCGGUAAAAUCAAUUUCAUCACCACCAACUUUGAGUUGGAUUUGAAAUCUAAAAAUAUCAUCAAAUUUCUUUUGAACUCGAACCAGACUGAUAAGAUUCUUAUGUGUUUUCCAUCAUUCUUGGUAGAAGCAUAUUUGGAUUUCUUGAAGUCUUAUUCCAAGGCGGACCUUCAAAUGAUCAAAACCUUGGAUACUAUCAAUUUUAGUACAUUUUCCAACGUUGAGAAGAUUAAUAGAUUUUAUGAAACAGUUUGCAAGGAAAUGAUCACAAAGUUGACCAGCAUAGAAGUGGAAUAUUUGAAGGAAAUAGAUUUCGAAGAGAAGCAACAAUUUUUAAAAGAUUCGAACCAUCCAUCUUUAGUGUUCAGAAUAAGAAAUAUGAUAUACUUUAAGAAAUUCUUGAAGGAAUCCGAUUAUAAUCAACUUAAUAGUUUUGAAUGGCAGUUAAUUGAGUUCUUUACCUAUAUUACCACUAUCAAUUUGAAAUUAGUGGAGUUCCCCAAUCGAGUUCCAUUGAGUAAUCAUUUGUUGCAAUUGAUCAAAUAUGAAAUCUUCUUGAUGGACCAAAUGUAUCAACAAUUCCCCUUGAGGUAUAAUUUGUUAUCCCCCGUUAUAUUCAAAAGCUUUGAAGCCUAUUCAGGUAAAUUGGAUUCUUAUCAUAGGGAGUUGUCUGCCAAACCAAAUAUUCUUUUAUCUACUUACUUAUCACCCCACACCAGAAAGUUCUUGAAACUGGAGGAGAUACAAUCAAUUAGAUCACUAUUGAAAAGUAGUAGAGAAGUCAAUGUUGUAGAUAAUUCCAAUGAUACUGAAGAUUCUUUCAGUCUUGAUGGAUUGAUCAUGGAUGCUUUUGAAUGUUCAGGCAAUAUCAACAAUGAGGUAUUAGUAUUUGAAACCAUUGAAACCAAGAAACCUCCAGAUCUUACAAAGUUCUGGAAUACCAACAAGGUUAAAUUCCCUAACCUUGCUAAAUUGGCUAAAGAGGUAUUACCUAUUCAAAUCAAUAGUGAUCGCAACAAUGAAACUUUCAAAUCUAACUUCCAAGAUAUUCUUGGAGAAUUGAAAGACGACAUCUGUUCCAUUGAAGCUUAUUGUUUCAUUUACUUCUUGAGUCAAGAGAUUGAUCUUAUUGCUAUGGAUCUGAUGGAGAAGAAUAUUGAAGAGUUUCAGCAUGACGUAUUCAAGUCCCAUAAGUGUGGAACUUUAGUCAACUCUAGAGACUUGAAGUUACCUGAGUUAUAA